UUCACUUGGCCUCCAUUCCUUAGGGCAGGGUCCUCUGGCACUCCCCACUCCCGGGUCCUUGCUUCCUUCACCAGGAUGAGGAGCUGGAAAAUCGUGGGGACAGAGGCCUCAGAGAGCCACCCAAUCAGUCCACAGCAGCCAUGGAUAGUCCCUGAGCGGGAGGGUGUGCCGGCCGGGGGCGCGGCCCCAUGCCGCACGCCACCUGCAUGCGCACUGAGCCGACCAAUCAGCGAGGAGCGCGGGCAGCCAGGCCGGCUGCUCUCGCGAGAACCCAGGAACCAGGCAGUGAGCUUUCGUGGUGCCAGCCUCUUCAGGUCGUCUGAGGGAGCAAGCUCAGGGAUCCCUCAGGUUCAGAGGCUGCCUCUAGCUUCCCAGGACAGCCAGCCAUGCAGCCCGUGGGCAGGAAGCGCAGCAGGAUGGCUGCCAAGGACCAGUUGGAGGCUCAAGUUACGGUCGCCCAGGAAAUGGAGCUUGCGGGAAAGGCUCCAGUACGUUAUGAGCAUGAGGAAAGAAAACCUGUUACAGAGACAAAGAAGGGAGAUGUAACUGAUGAGCUUCAGGAAAGAGAACCUUUUGCUGAAACAGAUGAACACGUGGGGGUUGAUACCAAGGAGCUAGAAGAUAUUGCAGCUGACAUUAAAGAGGAUCUUGCUGCAAAGAGAAAAAGGAGUGAAAAGAUUGCAAAAGCUUGCAGUGAAAUAAAGAAUAGAGUUAAAAACGUUUUGAGAACAAUGCAACUAAAAAGGCAGAAACGUGAUUACAGAAUUUCUCUGAAGUUGCCGAAUGUCCUUGAAGAGUUCACCACAGAUGAACAGAAAGAUGAGGAAGGAGAAGGAGAAAAGGAAGAACAAAUUAAGAUAUUUCAAGAGCAACAAAAGAGGUGGCAACAAGAUAAGAAAGGAACUGAAAGAGAUUGAGCCAUCACACAAGCAAUUCACAAAGCUGCAGCAAUAAUUGCCACUUAUUCAUAUGUAUCUUCAACCUCUGUUAUUCUGAUGACUGACAAAAGAACUUGAACCUAUGUUAUAUGAUACAAGCAUAACUUGAGCUACACUAAACCACAUGACAGUGUUUACUUAAUUCUUGUAUAAAUUAGUAUAUCUCCUCUAUCAUUAGCCUGUUUGUUAAAUGCUGGACCACAUUUCUAUGAUCUGUUGAAAGAACCCUAGACAGUUCUGUGAGAAAGUAGCAAUUGCACAGUUAUAUACACAGUCAAUUAAAUUUUAACGUUAAAGAUAAUUUAGUUUUAGGUUUGGCCUCUGUGGUUCUGUAUCAGUUCCAAAAAUGUGGAAAGCAUGGGCAUGGAAAAGCACAUUUUUCUCUAAUAAAAGAAGACAAAACCUUAUUUUAUCUGUGCAUUCUUUAUAUUUAAUCAUUAGGUUAAAGAAGCAAUUCCAAUGAAAGCUUGACUUCAAAAAAUAGAUAUACUCUAUGGCCUUUCAAAAUUAU